AUGCCUUCGCGGCGUGGCGGUCGUCACGGGGCGGUGCCGAUGCCGACGCGACCUGCGCCGGCGGUGCCUCCUGCCGCCGAUAAGAAUGAGCGGGGGCGCCGCGGGAGCGGACAGUACGACGGGGACGACGGCAUGGAGCAGGCCUCGAGGAUCUGGGCCAAGAUCCGGCGGUGCUCGGGGAUCAGCCUCGCAGACAGGACGAACAUGAGCAUGGUCGAGGAGCAGGGCCUUGCUGCGAAGCGGGGGGUACCAAAGAUGGGUGGGAAGACGAGGAGAGGCUCGGGUCGUUGGGGUUUUGGGAAUUGGUGGGCUUGA